AUGUCCGAAGUAUACAGCAUCGAACCCAAAACGUCUGGCAGGGUAACUAUCUACACCAGCCUGGGGGAGUUGGAGGUCCUCCUUUUUUGCAACGAGUGUCCGGUAGCAUGCCAGAACUUCAUUCAGCUGUGCCUAAACAACUACUACAACGGAAAUAAGUUUUUUAGAGUCAUUCCCAAGUUCUUGAUCCAGACGGGGGAUCACACGAAUACGGGACUACACAACGAGUAUGCCUUCAAGGAACCCUUCCCGAACGAGUGCAACCGCCGACUAAAGUUCCUCUACGCGGGCUGUAUAUCCUUCGCAAACCUUAAUAUAGAAAAGCCGUCCAAUGGAAGCCAAUUCUUUAUAACCUUAGACAAGGCAGAAUACCUGAACAACAAGAGCACCCUUUUCGGGAAAGUCGCGAAACAUAGCAUCUAUAACCUGCUCAAAUUUAACCAGAUAAAGACAAACAAGAAUGAUGAACCUAUAGAGGAUGCUCCCUACAUACAAUACAUUAAAAUAGAGGAGAACCCCUUUCACCACUUGGUCCCUUAUGCCAAUUAUGAGAGGGAGGUGAAGGAAAAGAAGGAACAGGACGCACACGGGGAGCAGUCCAGGGAAUUGAAGAAGCUCAAGGGGAACUUGCUCUCCUUUGGGUACGACGCGGAAGAUACGGAUAAGGAGGGGGAAGCAUUCGACAAGGGAGAAGUUCCUGAUGCGGGAGAAGAGGAAGACGAUGACGAAGAAGUCACUGAUGAGGUAGAAGCAGCCGACGAUGGAAAGACGCAGGGGGAGAGGGAAGAUCCAUCGGGAGAUACCCCCAGGGACCGCCCCACCGAGGAAGACGCAACAAACGGGGAACCCCCCGAAGAAGAACCCCAAAGGAAGACAUCCUUAGGAAGGAGCAAAAGGGACAGCAAGACGGUUGAGGAAAAAAUCGAUAAGCUGAAAAAAAAAACAAACGACAUUGAAAAGGACAAAGCGAAAAGGAAGGAAAGGGACUUUGGAGCGAGGGACCUGGGCAGCUUGGAUGAGUCUUAUUUGAGGAAAAUCAGGAAGUACAACAAGAUGUCCAAGCGUGAGAGGGAGAAGCAGUCGCUGCAAAAACUGGAAGAAUUCGAUAACAGGCUGAAGGGGCUCUUUUCCCGUGACGGAGAAACCAGCCAAGGGAUGAAGCAUGACUGGCUGAACACCGAGGGGUUGAAGUUCCGGAUUGACUCCGCCAAUGCAUACGAACAUGAAGACAUAAAAAAGAAAGUGGUUAAUCCAAUGGACACUGAAAACAAACGUCCCUACGAUUCGAAGUUCAGCAUGGAGAAAUAUAUGAAGGAGAAACGGUCGAAGGAGGACUCCGCGAAGUAG